AUGAAUUUUGCAGAGGACCUGUCAAAGCCAAGAAAAAAACGAUUCAUAGUCUGUAAAAAUCUGAGAAAACAAUUAGAAACAAUAGCAGGACGAAAUAAAACUAUGAAUCGAAGAGGCGGAAAGAUCGAAUCAGACUGCACAAAAAAAGCCAAAUCAAAAAACUUUGCGCUUUUUGUUCAAAAAACGAUUGGAACAACGAAUGCAAUGAGUACAGAAUGGUCGAUCAAAGGAGAGCUGCACCUAUGUUUCUGGUUUUUGAUUUAUGAUGAAAGAGGAUGA